AUGGCUGCCGCUAUCAAAGAAACCGUCUCCAAUCUAAUUGGAAAAUUCUCCGGCUCGGACGAAGCUCCCCGCGAGCCCUCCGUCGACGAGCUCCAGCAGCUCCAGAAGAAGUACAUCGACGCCGGCCAGGGCCAGGUCUUCGCCUUCAUCAAUGAGCUGUCUACCGUCGAGAAGUCCCGUCUCUUCCACCAGUUGUCGACCUUCGACCCUGUCCGCAUCAAUGAGCUCGCUAGCAAGGUACUCCAGCCGCCCAAGGCUGAGGAAUCGUCCGUCACCCUCGAGCCCUUGCCCGAGUCUGCGACCGCCUCCAUCCUCGACUCCGACCCCGCCGAUUUGAAGAAAUGGUACAAUGCCGGUCUGAAGGAGGUCGCCGAUAACAAGGUCGCCGUCGUGCUGAUGGCCGGUGGCCAGGGUACUCGUCUGGGCAGCUCGGCUCCCAAGGGCUGCUUCGAUAUCGGUCUGCUGAGCCGGAAGUCCCUCUUCCAGCUGCAGGCGGAGCGCAUUGCCAAGCUGCAGGAGCUGGCUGCCAAGGCGUAUGGUGUGCACUCGGCCACCAUCCCCUGGUAUGUCAUGACCAGUGGUCCGACCCGCGGUCCUACCGAGGAGUUCUUCCAGAAGAGCAACUACUUCGGCCUGGACAAGAAGAACGUCUUCAUCUUCGAGCAGGGUGUCCUGCCUUGCAUCUCGAACGAGGGCAAGAUCAUCCUGGAGAGCAAGGGCAAGGCUGCCGUCGCCCCCGAUGGCAACGGCGGUAUCUACCAGGCCCUUGUCACCUCUGGUGCGCGUGAGGACAUGCGCAAGCGCGGCAUUCAGCACAUUCACACCUACUGUGUCGACAACUGCCUCGUCAAGGUGGCCGACCCCAUCUUCAUCGGUUUCUCUGCCGCCCAUGACGUCGACAUCGCGACCAAGGUCGUCCGCAAGCGCGACGCUACUGAGUCCGUCGGUCUGAUCCUGCAAAAGAACGGCAAGCCCGACGUCGUCGAGUACUCGGAGAUUGACAAGGAGACUGCCGAGGCCAAGGACCCCAAGAACCCUGAGCUACUCAAGUUCCGCGCCGCCAACAUCGUCAAUCACUACUACUCCUUCCGCUUCCUCGAGUCCAUCGAGACCUGGGCGCACAACCUGCCGCACCACGUGGCCCGCAAGAAGAUCCCCUACGUCGACACCCAGACCGGCGAGGGUGUCAAGCCCGAGAAGCCCAAUGGCAUUAAGCUGGAGCAGUUUGUCUUUGACGUGUUCCCCAUGACCCCCCUGGACAAAUUUGCCAGCAUCGAGGUUCGUCGCGAGGACGAGUUCUCCCCGUUGAAGAAUGCCCCGGGCACGGGUCAGGAUGACCCGGAUACCAGCCGGGACGACAUCAUGAAACAGGGCCAGCGGUGGAUCGAGGCCGCGGGCGGCGUAGUGAUUACCGAGCCGGAGGCAUUUGGCGUUGAGGUUUCGCCCUUGAUCAGCUAUGGCGGCGAGAACCUCGAGUUCCUCAAGGGCCGGGAGGUCAAGGCUCCGGCGAUCCUGGAGAAGGAGGAGUAG